AUAUAUAUUUGUCAGUCAGUUCGUGUUCAGAAGAAGCUGCUAUACCAUCUCAAAUUCCAAAGUCGGCGAAUAUAAAUCAAAUUUCCUGCAUUCUAUUUAAUUUGUCCAAGAUAUGCAAGAUAUACAUUCAAUUGGAGGUGGCGGAGGGCGGUUUUACGGCGGCAGUGGAAGUGACAGACGACUAAGGCUUAACCAACCCCAAGCCGUAAAGUGUCCUCGUUGUGAUUCUCUCAAUACAAAAUUCUGCUACUACAACAAUUAUAAUCUCUCUCAGCCGCGCCACUUCUGUCAGAGUUGCCGGAGGUACUGGACUAAAGGCGGCAUCCUCCGUAACGUCCCCGUUGGCGGUGGUUGCCGCAAAAGCAAACGGUCCAAGCCCAAGCCGUCGGCUGUUUCUACUACUGAUGAUACUUGUCAGGAAAGUAAGUCCAACUCCAACUCCAAUUCCAAGUCCAAUUCCAAUUCCGGCAGUGAAAGUUCUAGUCUUACUGCUAUUACGUCCACAGCUACUGCAGCGAAUACAUCCGUUGCUAUGACUCCGGAAGUUGUGUUAUGCAAUUCAUCUAAUCCGACUCUGCCCGACGUUCAGGACUCUAGGUUUUUAGUAACUGAAACUACGAAGGGAGAUUUUAUUGAUGAGCAAGUAGUGGGACAUACAACAGAAGAGCAAAUAUUUCAUGAUAUUGGGGCUUACCCGAUCAAUGCGAACAACAUUUCAAUGUACCAAAACUCAAAUGCGGGUUUCUUUGAUCGGACGGCUCACGUUGAGUUAUCAGGGAGAAGGGCAAACGACGGUGGACUGGCUCCGGUGGAUUGGCAGACCGGAGGGCUGUUUGGUAUGAUGGAGAACAGUGAUCAUCACUACUCUUACUGGUAUCAAAGACAAUGGGGUGAAAAUGAUCACUCCUUUAAUUACCUCCCUUGAUCUCUGCUCUUGUUUAAUCUUGAAAUUAUUGUCCAAGGUAUAAUACUUAAAGAAGUAAAGGUGAAAAAUUAUAUAUAUAUAUAUAUAUAGCUGUUUAAUUAUGUAUAUUAUCACUUAAGUUUAAUAUGCACCUGACCUAUCCAUGCUUGGUUUUUUCUUUCAACUUUCCCACUGAUGUAUAUUAGGUUUCGUGACUUGGUGUAAGAUAUGUGUGCAUUCUAAUUAAGCGAUGAAGUUAAUUUCAGUAUC